CUCGAGGGUAGAAGAAACAUGGCAACGCUGUAUGAGGAAUACACGCUGUGUGGAGUUGGACCAGACACGAAUUUGUCCAAUUCAGGAAUUCUGGGGAUUGGAUUGGGAAAAGAUGUCGACCAUAUUAUUGUCACUAACUCUUCGAGAGCAGUUACAGUUUACAAGGUGUCUGAUCAGAAGCCCACCGGCAGUUGGACAGUGAAACAGGGACAGAUGAUCACCUGCCCCGCUGUGUUUAACACAAAGUCCCAGGAAUAUGUGGUCGUUACAGAUAAUAAGGUUAUCAGAGUUUGGAAAGAAGACGAUGUCAAUAUGGAGAAGGCGUUUAAAGCCACGGUUUCAUCUGAUGUACUCAAAGUGAUGGCAGCUUCUGACUCUGAACCUGUUGUGCUGUUUAGUUGUGGGGCUGUCAUGUUCUUGGACUCAUUACUUGCUUCACCACAACAAGCCAUAGAAGGCGUUUUAACAGAGGAAGAGUUCAUCAGGUGGAGUACUGUUGUUAAGGCAGGACACCAGCUUGUUGUGUUGUUUUGCACGGAAAAGAGAGGAGAGCACUUCCUGUAUGCUCAAAGAUUUAACCCCAACACUGUUGUGAAGUACAGAUUUGAGACUGAACCUGGUCCCUUCGCUCCUGUCAGUUUCUCUGCCACAUGCAGGGGUAGUAAUAUACAUCUGCAGUACUUGUUUAUGAGUGGCAGUAUAUAUGAAAGUGUGUUACCACUCAGAAGUUCAGUUUCUGAAGCUGGAGCUGUCCAGGCUCUACCCCGCUCUUUGUGUCUCAGUUUACCUCUGGGGGAGCAAGAGCUGACGUCUGGUGCUGCUGUUGUGCUUGAUGAGGCUCAUGCUGCUGUUGUUGGAUUUCCCCACCCCUCUGCUGGAGCUGGCAAAGAUUAUCUUUGCAUCUGGAACAAACAUUUCCAAACUCUUCAGGCUUGUAAAGAAUUGUCCGGAACAAUCUACAGUCAGAUCUGGUGUUAUUCUGGAAAGCUGUACAUUCCUCAUGGGAAGAUACUAUCAGUAAUUUCUUUUGAGUGCCAAAAGUCAUCUCUCGCGGCUGCCAUGGGAAAACUGAAGCAGACAAAUCAAAGUGAAUCCAAAUCAUGCAACCUCUUGUCUUCCUGGACGGCUCUGCCGCACAAUGACAACAUAAACGCAGCAAAAGUCAAGAGCAGAAUGUCAACCAGAAAUACUUCAAACGUCAAGUCUCCAGUGACAGUAGAUCAACUUAUAGACCACAUUAAGACUGCUGUGGUAGAAGAUGUGCAGUCAGCAGCGGGUGAGUUUAUUCAUCAGGCUCCUCAGAUUGACCUUCAGCUUGCAGCAGGGAAAGUGGCAAUGGAGCUAGUGUCAAGAUCCCUGACAGAUGACAGUUUCUACCCUCAGCGCGUAUUUUUACAACUGCUAGACACUCGUUAUCUCUGCUACAGUGUUUGCCCAGAAUUGUUGUCCCUGGCGAUGGUAAAGAGAGAUUUUCAACUCUGUCAGAUUGCUUUCCAACUUUUUCCAGACAUACCUGAAGCUGUUACCUGUGCUUAUCUCAAAACCAUUCUGAGUACUCCAGACUCUGAGAUGGAGACUCUAACCCUUGACACAGAGAGCUUAAUCUUCAUGAAAGAAAUGGGUCGAGCUCAAAGUCAAAAGGAGGAAGGUGAGCAGCAGAAUGGUGUCUCUAGCAGCAAGCAACAGAGGGAUUUCUUAUCCAUGGAUAUGAAGUGUCCUGUGGGAUUACACAAGGGUGUAUUUCUAAAUGAUGUUCUGCAGACAGCAUACAGUGACAAGUCUCUGCUACUACAUCUAAAAGAUCUCACAGUUUUGCAGGUCAUGGUCUUUUUACAGUAUCUGCAUUUCCUUUAUCUCAAAUAUUCUCAAGAUCUCCACAAACAAAUCAGAGCUCUGCGUAUCCCAAGUAUUUCUCAGAUCAUAGACUGGGCUUCCCUGAUACUUGAUGCUCAUUUCACAGUGUUGGCUGUGGCACCAGAAGCCAAAAGUUUAGUGUCGGAUCUUCAUAAGUUCACAAGAUCACAGGUAAAACUGUAUGCUGAACUAGGCAAAAUUGAGGGAAGUCUUCAAUCACUCAAAAAGCCUAAAUCAACUGAUCAUUCUGACAUGUACUCCAUAGAAGUAAUUGAGCUCUUUUAGAUGACCUGCACAGUAUGAAUAAAAAAUUUACUGUACUAAAUUUUUCACUUAUUUUUUUGUUUUUGAAAAUAGUCUAUUUUUAAUCAUCCAAAAUUCGGAAAUAAAGCUUUUGUGCAUAAGUCUCUACUA